AUGUCAUCUAAUAAUGUCCAUGCUAGCGAAGAUGGCCCAUGUCUUCUUGAUCUAACGUUUAUGAAGAAUAAAAGUGUGUCGGAGGACCCUAGUUUCGUGGAAAUUGCGGUAAAUGGGAUUCUAGAUCAAGAUACAGUAGUGGCACAAAGGAAAAUUAAAUUCAAUGACUGUCCAAUGGGUCCCAAGCUGACGAAAAACGAGGUUCCAGCGAUUCCCAAGAAGUCUAUCCUUGUCAACCGCGAAAAUACAACCGACACACCAACAGAGCAGGAAAUCCCGAAUGAGGAAGUGCUUCUUCUACUAAGACGCUGUUUUAAUUUCUGUAAUUUAGAUACAGACGGCAUUGAAAAACGUUCUAUAGAGGAAAAUUUAGAAUCAAUUAGUUAUGGCAUCAUCUCUACGUUCAGAUUCCAUGAGUGCUGUUAUAAGUACGCUCACGAGCUAGAGACUACAUCAAAAGUGAAGGCAGAAUGCCCAAUAGUGCCCUUAGUAGAGGGUAAAUCGCCUGCAGAUGCUGAGUUGCAACAUGAAGCCGUGGUGUGGAAAAUAGAGGCUGAAGCCCUGGGUAUAAAAAACAACGUCUUGAUGGUUGAGAAUGGGAAGCUUAUCAAUGAGCUGACAUCUCUGCGACAGACAAUCAGAAACCUAAGAGAUGAAAAGGAAAACUUAAAAGCACAAGUUUACGAAAAAGAUAUUCAACUCUUCAAAUUGAAGGAUAAAAUAAAGGACAAUAAUAUUGAGACCCAGACAAAAAUUAAGCAGCUUCAGGAUACUACGGGGCGGCUCGAGAAAGUGAUAACACAAAGGACGUCCACAAUUUCUAAUUUGAAACAAGAUAGGCAUACUUUAAGAAAACAACUAGCAAAGAGCACCGAAAAUAAUAUCAAUCUAAAAGGUGCAAAUAACCGUUUAAAACAACAUGUUGAUAACCUAUUAUAUUUGUUUAAUGACUGUGAAAAUCCUGCAUCUGAAAAUAACCCUAGCCAAUUACCACAACAAUUUGAACACUUAAAGUUAACUUCUGACAUCGAAAGUGAUCAUAUUGCUACUACUAAAAAGAUCAGGCCAUUAUCAUCAAACCACUGUAGAUCCACUAGAAAUAGACACAUUAGCUCUAAAGUACCUGGAUAUAUUUGA